AUGGUGCCUGGAUCUGAUUUGGUGAACUACCAGUGCACGGAUCUGACUUGGGUGAGCUACCAGUGCACGGAUCUGACUUGGGUGAGCUACCAGUGCACGGAUCUGACGUGGGUGAGCUACCAGUGCACGGAUCUGACGUGGGUGAGCUACCAGUGCACGGAUCUGACGUGGGUGAGCUACCAGUGCACGGAUCUGACUUGGGUGAGCUACCAGUGCACGGAUCUGACUUGGGUGAGCUACCAGUGCACGGAUCUGACUUGGGUGAACUACCAGUGCACGGAUCUGACUUGGGUGAGCUACCAGUGCACGGAUCUGACUUGGGUGAACUACCAGUGCACGGAUCUGACUUGGGUGAACUACCAGUGCACGGAUCUGACUUGGGUGAACUACCAGUGCACGGAUCUGACUUGGGUGAACUACCAGUGCACGGAUCUGACUUGGGUGAACUACCAGUGCACGGAUCUGACAUGGGUGAACUACCAGUGCACGGAUCUGACAUGGGUGAACUACCAGUGCACGGAUCUGACAUGGGUGAACUACCAGUGCACGGAUCUGACAUGGGUGAACUACCAGUGCACGGAUCUGACUUGGGUGAACUACCAGUGCACGGAUCUGACUUGGGUGAACUACCAGUGCACGGAUCUGACUUGGGUGAACUACCAGUGCAUGGAUCUGAUAUGGGUGAACUACCAGUGCAUGGAUCUCAUUUAG